UCCCAACGAUGGAUGAAGACGGCAAGGUCAAGAAAGUUGACACCUCGGAAGAAGCCAUAGAUAGCACGAUGACUCAAAAACAGAGUGACUUUUUUCUAAAAUUCUUCAUCUGCAUGACCCAAUCGCAACUGGAAUUUCCCACCAAUUUGUACGCCCUGACGAACAUUCUACGCCCUUACGACCUAGCCCUUUCCGACACGAUUGACAACAACGCGUGGGACUCCUUAAUUUCCUGCCUCCUCCAACAAGCCACGCAAGACUUUGUCCAAGACAAUUUCAACGAACUCCUCCCCCUCGAUCCAAACGAGUCGGCGCAACUGGAAAUUGAGCUGAACCGAUUGAAACGAAUUUCUGGUGAGAUGACCCACACCGAGAUAUUGGAAGCCCUCGGAGGAAAACGCCCCUCAUUAUGGGAACACAUUGAGGCAGCCAUGACCAAAAUAAAUGCCACGUUUGGAGUCAACCUAAAAUUGAUGUUGUUUGAUGGAAGUGAAGAAUCAAAGGCGGAAUUGGCGAGAAUUGAAAAAUUACUAAAAAUUGAAGAGAAAGUGGAUAAGGGUGACGCUCCAGGUGAUGAUAAACUAGGCGGAGAAAUCAAAUCGAACGAAAUUCAAGAAAAUUCUAUUGGUGAUGGAAAAGACACAAAAAUUGAUGAUCAGGAACUAACUAAAACUAAAAUUUCGCCCCCAAAAUCUGACAUGGCAGACAAACCAUUAAUUGAUGAAGAUGAUAACGCCAAGAAACUAGAACCUGCCCAAGCAAAAACCCCUGAAAUGAGGAAAAUUUCCGAACAAUACGUCACCGUAUGGUUCGACCCCGUAGGAAAACUCUUCCACAACAUAAUUCUACGGGAAUUGCUCUACGAAAACGUGGAAGAGUUCUGCGACGCCUUACUUGAAGACAUCGUAACCCACGAAGAGGUACAAAACUACCACUUGCAAACCAUGGAACCCUUCCCGAUUGCCGAUAUCGUGCCGCAUAUUCAACAACGACUCGGGCUUCUGGCUAAAAUCGAGUCAAUCUCCGACCUGAUAAGUGUCGCCUUACCGGAUGCUGAUCCCGAACAUGUCUCAUCCUUGAAAAAAUUGGCCCAGCGAGAAUCCCAAGUUACCCCAGACAGUCGGACGACAUCUCUCCUUUACCGGUGCAAACAGCAGUACGCCUUCGGCAUGAAGAAAGCAUCCGACCUAAUCUUUCAAAGCCACUCGGCCCAGCAUAGGGACAAGUUGAGACAAAUUAUCGAAAAGGAGGAGGACAUGGUGCGCGAAAGCGAUCGCUUGAUGGACGAACAGAUCGCGGCGGAAGAAGAGAAAGCGAAACGGGAACAGGAAAUUCGCGACUUGGAAAAACUUAUCGCGCAAAAAACCGGGGACAGAAGCGACCUUUUGGCCCUCAUUGAGCAAAAGAAGGCCGAAUUGGCUAAGACGGCGGAAAAUUUGGAAAUUGCGGCGGGUCGGUUGGAUUACAACCAGUUUCGGAAAGGUUUAAGUGAGGCGGAACCCUCGUACGAGGUCUCGAUGCUAAAUGUGGAAAUAUCCAAUUUUAAGAAACUUACCACCCUGCGUGACCUAGUUUCCUACAUUUAUUCCGUCUAUAACAAAAUAGCGCGACCCAAGAAUGCCAACCUCUUCUGGAAGUAUGUCGCUGCCAAUGAUACCUUAUCCAAUAGGAACGAGCUUAUCGAAAUAAUCGCGACCUGUUUGCAAGACCCGGCAAGAAUUGUGCCAAACAAGGAAGACUUUUCCAUCCUGGAAAUUACUGGGCGGCAGAUCGUGACGAGCCAGAUUUUGGGGCAAAUCAAGGAUAAAACAUUCCGCGAAUUGAGACUCGUCGCUGGCAGUAUAAUUUAUGUUGAUUCAAAUUUCGAAAAUGGCACCUGGCACGGAAAGAAUUUAGUAAUUAGUAGCCCCGUUGUGGAAAUUAAGGGCAAUGUAAGCAUAGAUUUGUCCGGGUUGCCUGCCCCGGCCGUAUUUUCGUCACAAGCUGUAACAGCGAACCCUGGUGGUCAACAACUUAGAGGCAUCUUUGGAAUGCUAGCUGGAGACCCUUUGGCCGGCCGGUCGGGGAUGGAUGGACAGGAUGGCGCUCCGGGUGAAAGCUCGGGACACUUUAUGCUUCAAGCGGACGUCGUGCGAAAUGGGGGCAACCUCAACGUUGUGGCGUCCGGAGGGCAAGGCGCCUCUGGACAGUCUGGUGAACACGGGCGAAACGGACGACACGGCUACAAUGGACACAAUCCAGAUUUUGGUCAUCCAACGGAAGGAGGUGAUUUCAAGGCGGGAGUUAAGUUCGAAGCGGGAUCGUACGGCACGCCUGGACAGCGGGGAGGAAAUGGGGGAAGGGCGGGAUUAGGGGCCGUCCAUAAAUUAGAGUAG